AUGUCAAUGCCACUGCAACGUGGCACCUCAGGAGGAGGAGUACUACGAGUCUCCGACCUUCUCAGAGACUCUCAAAUGAAAGACAAAACAGGAGUUCGUAGUUCCACUGACAACAACAACAACAACAAUACAACAACCACUUUAAGGUUUCCUUUUACUUUCCUCUUUACCGACAAGUCUUCCUCUGAUCCUUACACCGCAAGAAACAAGUAUAGACUCAUGCUUCUCUUUGUUAAGACCACUUUGGUUCUUAUCCUCCUCCUUGCUCUCGCUGGCUCCUUCUGGUGGACAAUCUCUAUCUCCACGAGCUCUUCUUCCACUGGUCUUGUCUACCACAGCAGCUAUAGGAGGUUACAGGAGCAGCUUGUUUCUGAUUUGUUGGAUUUUGAGGACAUCUCUGUGGGUCCCACUAGGUGGAAAGAGUUGGAGUAUUGUGAUACAGAGUCUGAGAACUAUGUUCCUUGCUUUAAUGUUUCUGAGAACGGUCGGUUUUGUGGGUCUGAAUCGAGACAGGACUGUUUGGUUUCGCCACCUGUGGAGUAUAAGGUUCCUUUGAGGUGGCCAACGGGUAAAGAUGUGAUCUGGUUUCGUAAUGUUAAGAUCACUGCUGAUGAAGUGUUGACUUCUGGUAGUAUUAACAAGAGGAUGAUGAUGUUGGAUGAUGAUCAAGUAUCUUUCCGUUCUGCGUCUCCUAUGUUUGAUGAGAUUGAAGACUAUUCUCAUCAGAUUGCUCAGAUGAUUGGGAUUAAGAAUGAUAACUUCAUUGAAGCUGGUGUGAGAACUAUAUUGGAUAUUGGAUGUGGUUAUGGUACCUUUGGAGCACAUCUACUCUCCAAACAGCUCUUGACAAUGUGUAUAGCAAACUAUGAAGCAUCUGGUAGCCAAGUUCAGCUAACACUUGAGAGGGGUCUACCUGCUAUGAUUGCUUCUUUUGUGACAAAGCAGUUGCCGUAUCCUUCUCUUUCCUUUGAUAUGUUGCAUUGCUCAAGCUGUGGCAUUGAUUGGGACCAGAAUGAGGGGCUUCUUCUUGUGGAAAUAGACAGAGUUCUGAAGCCUGGAGGUUACUUUGUUUGGACAUCUCUUCUCACAAACGCUCGUAGCAAAGAUGAUCUUAAGAGAUGGAACUUUGUUUAUCAUUUUGCUGAAAGCAUCUGUUGGACUCUUUUAUCUCAGCAAGACAAGACUGUUGUCUGGAAGAAGACAACCAAAACCAAAUGUUACAGUUCCCGGUCACCUGGAGUGGGUCCUUCUGUGUGUAGCAAAGGGCACGACGUGGAGUCUCCUUAUUACAAGCCGCUUCAGAUGUGUCUUGGUGGAACACGUAGCAAGAGGUGGAUUCCCAUUGAAGGCAGAACAAGAUGGCCUAACCGGUCUAACAUGAACAAGACUGAACUUUCACUAUAUGGUCUUCACCCGGAGGAGGUUGCAGAAGAUGCCGAGAACUGGAAAGUAAUAGUAAGAGAAUACUGGUCACUCUUGUCUCCUCUCAUAUUCUCUGACCAUCCCAAGAGACCAGGCGAUGAAGAUCCUUCACCGCCUUACAACAUGCUCAGAAACGUUUUGGACAUGAAUGCUCAGUUCGGUGGUCUCAACUCCGCAUUGUUGGAAGCAAAGAAAACAGUUUGGGUCAUGAAUGUUGUCCCUACAGCUGGACCUAACCACUUACCAAUGAUCCUUGACCGUGGCUUUGUCGGUGUUUUACACGACUGGUGUGAAGCAUUCCCUAGUUAUCCAAGAACAUAUGAUCUGGUCCACGCAGACAAUCUUUUGUCGCUUCAGAGAAGAUGCUCACUUCUCAAAAUAUUCACAGAGAUUGAUAGAUUACUUCGUCCAGAGGGAUGGGUGAUAAUCCGUGACACGGCACAGCUGGUGGAAGCAGCUAGAGCUUUGACAACGCAGUUGAAGUGGGAAGCUAGAGUCAUAGAGGUUGAAAGCAGCAGUGAACAGAGACUCCUCAUCUGCCAAAAGCCUUUCACCAAGAGACAAUCAAUCUAA